GUUUUUGGUUUUUGAUUUGAAGACUUGUCUUUAGAUUUAUCGCGUCCGCCCCACCUCACCUUCCAAUCGUUCGGCUUUACAGUUGAGGUGUCUAGAGAUGUUUCCAGCACGUUUUGUUUUGCAAGCUAUGUGAAAAUCAAUUGUCUUUUUAUAUAAAUCAGAGCAAAUUCUCAUUAGAGUUCACUGUUCUCAGCAUGGAUGACCCAAAUUAGUCCAGUUUUAACAUUUCUCAUUACCACGCUUACUUUACUUCCUCUUGUUAUGAACAGAUAUAGAGAGGUUUCAUUUAACUUAUCAAAUUUCAUUAAGCUUAUUUUGCAUGAGAUUUAAAGCUACGUUUAUGCAAAUCGCUUGCAUUUGCCUAAAGCACAUAUUCAUCAAACUUGACCGGCAUAGAUGCAUUUGGCAGACAUGAGUUGGAUGUGCCAUCGAGCACAGAAGAAAUCUUGAUGCUCCUGGCCAUACAGAUAAUGUGUUUGGUUUUAAGCCCCGCCAUUGGGCUGGCACAGGCUGCAAGAGCGUCCUCAGCCACACACCACCCGGGGCCGGACCGUUUGGUGCCGAGUGGCCUGUACUACCCGCUGCUGCAGGGGGUCGGCGCCCCGUGCCACCAGCCCUCCUCCCUGAGCCCGGCCAAUGUGUCCGUCUGCUGUCCGGCGGACCAGGCCAACUGGACGUGUCCGCGGCCCGAGCUGGACCCGCCCGAGCACAGCUUCUGCUGCCACGUGCGCGCCGACUGCGCCUACUGCUGUCCAGAGGCCGAGUUCUUUGGCGGCCACGACCCGGGACACUGCCAGCAGACACCUGGGCAGCUGAUCUCACUGUCGGUGUGUGUGCUGGCGUUUGCCGUCAUCCUAACACUGACCUGCUGCGCCGUGACGCCGGGAGCACCGCUCUACACACAGAUCUUCCCCGGCUCCUGAACUUCGUGCAGGCAGCUCAUUUCAAUGGCGCUAUCAUCCAGCUAUGAAAAUCAGCAUUGCUAUUGAAGAUAUAUUGAGGCCUGUGAAGUUUCCACCUCUGGUGCGCGUGUCAUUGUUGUGAACCAGCUACAGUGGGACUCAGGCAGUGACAUGGAAACGGCAUCCUUUCAUUUGUCUGUUUACCAAGCAGAGACGAGCGGCCUGUCGCUACUUCAGGAGCAGGGUCUCGGCUGUGAUGAGGUCCGUGAAGAAAGAUUCCGCUGCUGCCGGGUGUACGACCAGGUGAUCGAGGCCUGGUGGUGUCCCGAGAGGCGGCCCUUCUGCUGCCAUCAGGGCACCUACUGCGCCGUCUGCUGCACCCCGGACGAGCUGCGCCGCACAGAGGCCGGCCCGCCGUCCGCCAGCUGUCAGGAGGGCCGGCCGAGGUCCGCCGACGACCGCCGCCAGCCGCCCCGACCCGAGAUCGCGGUCGAUGGCACCUGGUUCUGGAGCGGGAUGAAGGCGGCGUGGCUGACCAUGUUUGCCGUGCUGCUGGCCUCCCUCCUCUGCACCUGUCUGGCCUACAGGUGCAUCAAAUUCCUCGUCACAUUCGUCAAUGAAGAAGACUCUGACCUGGAGGAGGAGUACCUGGCCUACCACUUUGACAGCCUGGGCCUGGUGAACGCUGAGGACCGCCAGGCGGGCCGGCCGGUGAUCUCGCGGGCCCUGCUGCCGCCCAAGUACUCCGACAUCAACUUCAUACCGGUCCAGCCAGACUCUGCCCCGGUGGUGGCGGCAGUGCCCGGCGAACCGCCGCCUCAGUACACCAGCGAGCCAGAGACGGAGACGGCGGCUGUGACAGAGACGGAGACAGAGACGGAGACGAGGGCGGAGACGGCGCGUCCGACCAGCGCGCCGCCGCCGGCCGGCCAGCUCUGAACGCCGGCGGCGGCAGUGACAGUCACUCUACAUCUGCACAGGAAGGGGGCCGAAAACCGCUCUGAAGGCUCAGCGAUGUUUCUGGAUGCAUUGCCUUGCAACACAGCACUACGGCGUAACUGAGUUCCGUUCCGAGCCGCCUGACCCGUAAUUGCAUGAACACUGAACAGCACCAUUCAUGGGCCGUUUCUUCACCUAACCAGCGAAAAAAAAUCAUUGUAAACAGUUCUGCAUAUCUAAUGACAUGGAAAAAAUUGUUUUAAUACUGCCUGAAAAAUAAAAUUAAACGCAUUA